AUGCUGGUGAGCGGGCUUGCAGUGUUGUGCUCGUACGAGAACGACGACGACUACAGUAGCGCUAGCAGUCGAUGGCGGCCAAGUGAACUGCCGAAACCAGAACUGUUCAACGAGAUGAAGCGAAAGUUCGCGAAAAUGAACAACAGCGGCGCAGCUUACAUCACGCCGCCGCCACGGCCUGUCGCCACCGCGCGUGUUUUCAGUGAGCCGCUUCGCGCUGAGAGUUCGCUGACUGGAGGAAGAGCGGUAUCGUUUCAUGCAGCGCCGAGUCCAGCGUCAGCAGAGUCGAGUCGAGUCCAUUCGAGUCCAGUCGAGUCAAACGAUCCGCACAGGCUUAGAUUUCUCGGCGCUUCGACGCCGCGUCGACUUUGGCGUCAAGGAUUCUGA